AUGCCCGCAUUGCCUAAUAAUCAAAGUAGUUCCAACGUCGGUGGGGAUUCAGGUCAAUUACAUGUUGGAAACUCACUAACCGAUCCAGUCAUGGUUUCUUCGUCCUCUUAUUCGUCCUCUUGCUCCUCAUCUUCCUCAUGUUCUUCCUCUAACGGAUCAUCGGGCCACUCAACAGGCUCUACGACGCCUUCACUAAACACCUCUUCUUCCUUGGCAUACAUAACUUCUUCUGGCGCUGCCGGUAUCAAGGAGUCAGAAAACCUAUCAUCAGCUAUUUAUCAGAACAGCGAUCUUUCAAACCAUCAGAAAGGAACCUGCCCUCACAUACGAGGUCCCACGCGAGACGGCCAGAAAUCUCGUUGUCGAGAGACUAGUGAGGCCUGCGACUGCAUUGUUCAUCAGGUUAGUAUCUAG